UUACACAUGUAAGGUUGUUUCAGACUUUUCACUUGCUCAAACCAAUCCUAAUACCCGCCAAUUUGCUCUGUCUCAGUUCAAGAAACAACAAUGGCUUCCACCAUUUUUCUUCUUGAUCUUUUCCUCUCUAUCCUAAUCUUUUUCACAAUCUUGACACCGUCAACAAGCCUUGCAGUCCCUGAACAACUGACAAAUUUCUCUCAGAAUCUGAUCCCUUAUAUCCCUUCAUCGCCUUCUCCUUCUUCUUAUUAUUCUUCUAUUUUUCUUUCACCGGCAAACCCUCCGUCAACUGGUCCGCUGGUGCCGGCUUUCUUUAUUAUCGGAGACUCGUCUGUUGAUUGCGGAACGAAUAAUUUUCUUGGCACCUUGGCUCGUGCAGAUCGUCCUCCUUAUGGCAGAGAUUUUGAUACUCAUCAGCCUACAGGAAGGUUCUCUAAUGGCAGAAUUCCUGUUGAUUAUCUGGCUCAGCGCCUUGGGCUUCCUCUGGUACCGAGUUAUCUCGGUCAAAUGGGUUCAGUUGAAGAUAUGAUUCAUGGAGUGAAUUAUGCUUCUGCCGCUGCCGGAAUCAUAUACUCUAGUGGGUCUGAAUUGGGUCAAAGAAUCUCUCUAUCUCAACAAAUUCAGCAGUUUACAGACACAUUUCAGUCAUUCAUUAUAAACUUGGGUGAAGAUGCUGCAGCUGAUCUCAUCUCCAACUCGGUUUUUUACGUUUCAAUAGGAAUCAACGAUUACAUACACUACUAUCUUCGGAAUGUAUCCAAUGUUCAGAAUAUGUACCUUCCUUGGAGUUUCAGCCAGUUCUUAGCAUCAACACUUAGACAUGAACUUAAGCACUUAUACAGUAUGAGUGUGAGGAAAAUUGUGGUGAUGGGGCUGGCACCAAUUGGAUGUGCACCACACUACUUAAUGAGGUAUAACAGCCAAAAUGGAGAGUGUAUCACAGAAAUAAAUGACAUGAUUUUGGAGUUCAAUUUCUACAUGAGAUACAUGAUAGAUGAGCUUAGCCAGGAGCUUCCUCAUGUCAAAAUCAUCUUCUGUGAUCUCUAUGAAGGUUCUAUGGACAUAAUCAAGAAUUAUCAAGUUUAUGGUUUUAAUGUGACUACUGAUGCUUGCUGUGGAUUAGGCAAGUAUAAUGGGUGGAUUAUGUGCAUAGCUCCGGAAAUGGCGUGCCGCGAUGCUUCGAGUCAUAUUUGGUGGGAUCAGUACCAUCCGACUGAUGCGGUGAAUGCCAUUUUAGCUGACAAUGUGUGGAGUGGGUUGCACUCGAGAAUGUGCUAUCCUAUGAACUUGAAGGACUUGGUUACUCAGUCCUGAGGUCAACUACUAUUUCAUUUGCAGAAGCUGCAAUGUCUCUUUUCUGCUCAGUUUUGUGUCUUUGAAUCUUUUACUGGAACCCUUGAGAACUCACAUUUUAAAUUUUUCUCACAAGACUGGUUAGAAUUAAUUGAAGGCAAAAUCCAUGCGGAGGCCCCUCUACUUUACCAGUUUUGUUCGAGAGACCCCUCCUUCAAAGUUUGUCACGUCUGGAUCCCUAUACUUGUCAAUUAUCCAAUUUUAAGGUCCUUAUAUGGACGGAAAAUGGCAAGUGUAGCUCACUUGCGUUAUGUGAGAGUGUGAAAAUAAAAAUUAGUUUAAUUUUGUAACUUUUAAUCCCUCUAAAAAUGUGUACAAUACAUAUAAAUUAAAGCAUCUCUAAAGAACUUUUUCCUUUUCUUCA